GAAGGGGUAUCGUAUCACCAUUCACCAGGCCACGAGGUCCGAGCGAGGGAAAGAAGAAGAAGGGCAGGGCACCGGCCAGCUCAAAAAAAUCCACGGCCAGCUCCAGCAACCACAACGCAACGCCGGUACGCGGUCUCGCCAUUCCUCGAGCUCUCCAACCCGGCCACGGCCAGGGCUCCUCCGGUACGGUACGAUCAAGAGUCCAAUGGAACAAGGCACCCCUCCCCGGCUGCUGAACCUCAUCCCGGAUGAGAAGGGGUGGCAGGCGAGGGAAGCUCAAGCAGCCCACGGAGGAACAAGAUCAGCACUCGACGCCGAGCACGAGGAGGGCAAGGAGCUGGAGCUCAAGCUCGGCCUCCCCGGAGUCCAGCAACAGGAAGAAGAGACUGGCCCAAGCGAGAGCUGCUCGGCGGUCUCCCUGAACCUGGCUCGCUUCGCCACGCAUUCAUGCCUCACCACCACCACCACCGGCGCCAAGAGAGGCUUCUUCGACGCCGUUGGGGCCAGACCACAAGGUUAUGAUCGGAGGCAGCAGGAGGACAGGGAAGGGUGUGCACCUGUGCACUGCAGCAGAGACCCCCAGGGGAGAGCUGCUGUUGUUCCGGUAGUCGGUUGGCCUCCAGUCCGAUCCUUCCGGAGAAACCUCACAAAUGGAACUUCAUCUAAGCAAUCCCCUGAGCGACAAAACGUCGAAGCCACCAACAGAGCGAAGCCGGUCUUCAAGAAGAAACCGCUCAUCAAGAUCAACAUGGAUGGGAUACCUAUUGGAAGGAAAGUAGACCUCGCAUCAUGCGACAACUAUCAUAAGCUGUCAACUGCCGUCGAAGAGUUGUUCCGAGGCUUUCUUGAAGCCCAGAAGGAUUUAUCUUGUGAUGAAAGCGGAGUGCGAGGAGCAGAAGAGAAAAUAUUUUCAGGGUUGCUGGAUGGAACCGGUGAAUACGCUCUAGUGUACGAAGAUGACGAAGGAGACAGGAUGCUGGUCGGGGACAUACCAUGGAGUGUGUUUGUUUCAACUGCAAAGAGACUAAGGGUCAUGAGGAGGUCAGAGCUUCCCCAGCGUAUGAUUGGAGCUAACUCAACGAAAGUAGCAGAUUGCUGAAAAAUGAGGGUGCAUGCAUUUCCAUGGCACAGACCGCAGUUCAUCACAUUUUUGGAGAUCGCCUGUCUUUAACUUGUAGUGAUGAAUCUAAUAAGGAGGGGAAAAAAACAUCUUGUAGUUGCAGUUACAGUGGGCAUACUGCAUAUCUUGUAAAUUACCCUACUCUUUGUUUGAAUGUAGUGUUGGUCAGUGCAAUAGUACAUGUUCUAGGUUUAUUAAAAAGCAUCGCGCCGAAAGUGCCAUGUUCGACGUGUUGCGACAGUUCUAUACUUAACUGCACUCAGCGCAUGAUGCAAACCUAAUGAUUAAGAUCACAGUGGUGCAUGA